UCCUAUUAGAAUCAAGUUAUUCGUUUCACAUUCUGCAAUCAUGUUAGACUUAUGGAAGCUACUUGCGGCAAUUUUUGUCCUAACUUUGACUUUGAGCCAAGCUGCUGUGGGCCGCCAAGAGACUGGCGACAGACUAAGUCUCACCGGCAAUGAGCGUCUCACCCGAAACUCAAAGUUAGAAUUGUUAAUUGACAGCUUCAGAGACGUAAUGCGGAAUGGAAAUGAUAGCUUAAGAAUCCCUGUUCUGGACCCAUACGAGGCCGACAAACUGAUAAUUAAAUUAGAUGAAGAUUGUCUCACAAUCAACAAUAAAUUAUCAAAUAUACGAAUGGAUGGACUUGCCAAUUAUACAAUUGAUACGGCAACCUUCUCUCUCCUCAGAAUGAGAAUUAGAGUUGCUUUAACUUGGCCAAUCUUGCCCAUUUCUACUGAGUACGAUAUCGAAGCUAAUUCAGGUGUUCUUCCUAUUUACGGAUCCGGAACCAUCAAAUUGAAUGCCAAGAACGUGACUUUCUCUUCCGUGACUACAGUCGCAGUAAAUUCAGAAUUGUCAGUUUACGUCCGCAGCUUCACCUCCAAAUUGGCCUUAGAAGCUCUAGACUUUACCAUUACUGGACUAUAUAAUUCCGAGAAGACAUCAGAGCUUACAAGUACUAUCGUAUCCGAUAACGCACCUCAAGUCGUUGAGAAAUAUCAGGAAAUAUUGACCGGAAGACUAAAUAUAAUCAUCGUUGAUAGAAUGAACAAAAUAUUCAAUAAUAUGUCUCUCUCUGAUUUUAUCAACAUCAUCACUUAAUGUUCUAGCCUGUGAAAAAAAAAAGAAAUAGAAUAUAAAAUUCAUUUGGCUUGAUUAAUUAUAGAAUAAAUACCUUUCAAUUUGU